AUGUAUAGGAGCUUGGCCCGUUGCGCAUGCGCGUCAGGAGCCCUUGCAAGUCGGCAGCGCGUGCUGGCUUUGGCCUGGCAGGACCAGCAACUCAAAUACAUCGUUUGAGUUUGCGGGCGGUCCGUCAGUAUACCAUUACAAUCCAUUAUUAUCACAGGAAGAGCUAAGGGCAGUAGUAUCGCGACACAGGCAAAAUGAGCGCGGGGCUGGUCGCGGGGCACAACGCCCCUCGGCUGCGCAUCAAGGGGCAUGCUGCCAGCGUCCUCAGGUUCUUUUGUAUCUCGGUUGCCUUCACCAUCCUGUGGAUUAUGCUCACCUCGCAGCUGGGCCACUACAGCAAACUCUUCGGGCCGCAGAUUCUGCUGCAGCUCAACCUCGCCUUCUACCUGCCCUCCAUCCCCAUUCUGAUCCUGUCUGGCAGCCUGGAGCGCGCUCUGGACGCGCGGCUGGGCCCCAUCGGCCACAUCGGCGGCCUGGUCAUUGCGGCCACAAUGGCGGCAGCCAUAUUCGGAGACGUGGUGGGCUGAGAGUGAGAGGGAAGGUGGGGGGGCGGAGGUAAGAGGCGAGGGAGGCGGGGGCGCCGCCACGCCGCCGAGGCAGUCUCUCUGAGGAGGUCCCGGCGGGCGGCGGCACUGCUGCAUUGUUGAUUGAAGCCACAGGGCGGGCGCUUUGAUGCUUUGGUGGAGCUGCUGGGGCGGCGGCGGGUGGGGGGCUUGCGGCCUGCGGGACUGGAAAGCGUUGGUGCGUGCGCGUGUGUAAGUGUCAGAUGGGGGGGGGAGCGGCGUCGUGGGUGGCCGCGGUAAAGCCGCGGGCUCACAGUCACGGGCUAAGCGUAAUGCCGGCUAGAACGCCCAUGCAGGAAGGUGGCUCGCGAUUGUUAAUACAGGUGCUUUCAUGAUAGGUCCAGGAGGAGGUUCUUGCACAUGUGGUGGGAGUUCACCAAGGGGCACACUCGUCACCUCCAUCGGGCUCCAUGCACGGACACACCGUGACGCCACAUUCGCGAUGCAGAGCCGUUUGUGAUCUAGGACAAGCAAGAGCAGCAGAGGGGAUUAAAGACGCGUUCCCGUUGUGAUGGCUGAAACCCGACCCGCAAAUCCCACAAGGGUAGGCAGGCCAGAAGUCGCGAUGCAGAGCCGCAGUGCACCUGCAGGAAGGUGACACGGCUGUCGCAGCUUGGGUGCGAUGGGGCACCUUGGGACAUGGCAAGCAUCUUCGAUGAAAGGGGCAGUUUGGCGUAGUCCCUUGGCUGAUGAGCUGAGGGUGCGCAAUGGGAGUGUGAUGGGACAGGGCUCAGGCAGGUUUGCGAGGUCCCGUGGGAGUGCGAUGGGACAGGGUUAAGGCGGGUUGGUGAAUUCCCAGACCCCAGCACAUGGGCAAAUCUGCGACCGGGAGUGCAUGAGCGCGUGAACGGCUGGUCAAUCGCCAGAGUUUCUGUACCGACAAGGUGCUGGCUGGCUGGAAGUUUGCUGACGCGCAUUCCUCACGCUCCGGGCGCCCGGCCAGGUGAUAGCACCACACAUCCACACCACAACGCCACACUCGCGAUGCAGAGUCGCAGCGCAUCUGCAGGAAGGUGACCAGCGUCCACGGAUGAGCACCAAAGGCAACCGGCAAGGUU